AUGACUGAUUACUCUUCAUGGAAGGUGACUGAGCUAAAGGCCGAGCUGAAGAAUCGCGGCAUUCCUGGCACCGGCCUGCGUCUCAAGCAGCACUUCGUCGACAAACUUGCCGAGGAAGACGCGAAAGUCUCAACAGAUGAUGCUGCACCGGCCGAUCAUGCGGAACAACAGACUACCGAAGAACCAUCUCCAGUAGCUGAAUUCACCGAUCAGCAACAGCCCGAAGAGCAGCAGCCCGACCUACCACCCCAAGAACCUGCAACGAAGGAACAACCGGCCGUAGAGCCACCACAAGCCCAGGAAUCGCAGGAAGAACAGGAGCUAGAUAAACAAACAAAUGGUAACGAGGGACAAUUGGAGGCUGCAACUGCAGCUACUGCCUCCGAAGAGCCCAGUAAAUCGAAACUCGUCGAGCAGGACGCUGGAGACGUGCAAAAGGAGCCCCGAGAAGAAUUGGCGCAGCCUCUCGAUACAUCAGUGCCUUCAUUAGCUCCAACAUCCGAAGCCAAUACGGAGCUUUCAACGCCUUUGCCAAUUGAAGAGGCCCUGGAAGAUAAACGGAAACGCAAGCGUCGCAGCCAGAGCCCCGUUCCCACACCGGAAGCAAUCGCGGCUAAAAAGGCCCGGGCAGAAGAAGAGGGCCCGCGGAUCAUAUUGGAAGACAAGGCGCCAAGCGCUCAGGAAACAGAACCUACUCAAGAACCCGCCCAAGAGCCGAGCCAGGGAGAGCAGAAAGCAGUUGAGAGUUCUCUGCCGACUUCAGCUCCCAAGCCUCCAACUCCAGUCAAACAGGACGCUCGUUUUCGAGGCCUCUUUGCUGAAGCGGCGCCGACUCAAGAGCCAUCACCACCUCAAGAUGUUGUUAUGGAAGACGCCGAUGUUGAGCCUGCCCUUCACGCGGCCACAUCAGCCCUCUAUAUUGACGGACUGAUGCGUCCUUUGCAACCCCCAGCACUUCGAAACCAUCUCGCCAACCUCGCUUCAGCUCCCGGCGCGCCGACCGACCGAGAGGCAAUCCAGGAGUACUACCUUGAUCCAAUCAAAACACACUGCUUUGUUCGCUUCCGCGAUGUACAAUCCGCAUCACGAGUGCGUUCCUCCCUACAUGGCAAAAUAUGGCCCAAUGAACGUAACCGGAAGAACCUCUGGGCCGAUUUCAUUCCCGAUGAGAAAAUCCAAGAAUGGAUCCAAACCGAAGAAUCAUCGCGAAACCGAGCCGGCCCUCCAGUCCGCUGGGAAGUCCGUUACGAUACCACUGACGAUGGCACUAAAGCCACACUCUCAGAGGCCGGGCCAAAUUCGCGCUCCGUGCCGGCUAAACCACACCCAAGUGGGAUCGAUGGCGCGCCGCUGGGUCCACGCGGUAGCUUCAGCCAGCCUCCCAGCGCCCCACCUGCACCUCCGUCGCGACCUGGUCAAGGCUUUAAGCCCUUGGAUGAACUAUUCAAGUCUACAACAGCUAAGCCCAAACUCUACUACAUGCCCGUGGCACGGGAUAUUGCGGACAAGCGGUUGGACCAGUUCGACGAGCUACUUCGGAAGGGCUCAUGUCCUCGACGUGGAGGCGAUGAGAUGCGCCGAAUUACGUUCGAAGAGGAAAAUGAGUUUGUGGAUAUUGGCCCGGAAUACGGUCCAGCAGCUGCACAGCGACGUCAAGAACGCGCAGGGCGUGGGGGGCGAGGGCGGAAUUGGCGGGGACGUUGA